AUGCCGAGUACCAACCUACCACCCUACCAAGAUAAAUUCCUACACUACCAGAAAUUCACCCGUCUACCUGUAAGGAUAAUGGCUUGUCAGUUGUCAGCUCCUGCAAAACGUCCUGAAACACAGCUUAGGUAUAUUCGUGGUCAAAGUGGUGGCAAGCUUGUAGAGGGAAACUUUCCACUUGAACAAGUCGUAAUCGACCAGCUACCACCCGGAACCUUAGUAGUCUCUUGCAACCAGUAUGGCGCAUCUGAAUGGACGGUCUUAGCACGAAUCGAUACCCUAUCUACAGACAGCAAACCGAAGGCCUAUUUUCUCAAGGGAAGACCUAUUACCUGCCCAUUUUUCUGGGCUGUGCUAAGACAUCACAGUGCGCCGAAACUUUCGCCUGAGCUGAUUCCAAAGCCUCAUGCAUGGGGUCAGUUCAACGCCGCGGACCCGAAGGCGUACUACUAUCUCUGCGAUUUCCUCGAACUUACGAAAGACGUUCCAGAUCCUGUCUCUCUUUGUGAGAAACUAGUCACUUUGCAAAAGCGCAGCGCAUCGCCGUCCAACAUGUUCGGUUUUCACGUUAAACCACUACGCGGCAAUCUACCUUUGGAUACAACGUGGAAUCCGAGUUGGCAGAGCUUCUUCAUUCAGCUCUUCCGUGGAUCUCUAGAGCUAGAUCAGGCACGGAACAGGCAAUGGUCGGAGACAGAACAAAAGCUCAUAGAGCAGACAAUGACACAUGUUGUGCCUCGCGUCCUGGGUCCCUUGGAGACUGGAGGCCGCUUUGUAAAGGCAUCACACAUCCAUGGAGGGACGCAGAGUCAACCCAAAACUCAUUGCUGA